ACUGCACCUGCUUCUGGGCGGAGGCACUUGGCGUGCGGCGCGGGCUGCAGACGGCUGCGAGGCGCUGGGCACAGGUGUCCUGAUGGCAAAUUUCCAGGGCCAUGCGCUCCCUGGGAGUUUCUUCCUGAUCAUUGGACUGUGUUGGUCAGUGAAGUACCCACUGAAGUACUUUAGCCACACACGGAAGAACAGCCCACUGCGUUACUAUCGGCGUCUUGAGAUCAUCGAAGCCGCAGUCAGGACUUUGUUUUCUGUCAUCGGGAUCCUGGCUGAGCAGUUUGUUCCGGAUGGGCCCCACCUGCACCUCUACCAUGGGAACCACUGGAUCAAAUUAAUGAAUUGGCAGCACAGCACCAUGUACCUAUUCUUUGCAGUCUCAGGAAUUGUUGACAUGCUCACCUAUCUGGUCAGCCACGUUCCCUUGGGGGUGGACAGACUGGUUAUGGCUGUGGCAGUAUUCAUGGAAGGUUUCCUCUUCUACUACCACGUCCACAACCGGCCUCCGCUGGACCAACACAUCCACUCGCUCCUGCUGUAUGCUCUGUUCGUGGGGUGUGUUAGUAUCUCCCUAGAGGUGAUCUUGCGGGACCACAUCGUGCUGGAACUUUUCCGAACCAGUCUCCUCAUUCUUCAGGGAACCUGGUUCUGGCAGAUUGGGUUUGUGCUGUUCCCACCUUUUGGAGCACCCGAAUGGGACCAGAAGGAUGAGGCCAACCUCAUGUUCAUCACCAUGUGCUUCUGCUGGCACUACCUGGCUGCCCUCAGCAUCGUGGCCAUCAGCUAUUCUCUUGUUUACUGCCUUUUGACUCGGAUGAAGAGACACGGAAGGGGAGAAAUCAUUGGAAUUCAGAAACUGAAUUCAGGUGACACUUACCAGACCGCCCUCUUGAAUGGCUCAGAUGAGGAAUGAGCCGAGAUGUGGAGGGCAUAGAUGUCCCACCGAACAGCUGGAAUGAAUGGAGUUCAUCCCCCCACCUGAAUGCCUGCCAUGGUCUGAUCUUAAGGGUCUAUAUAUUUGCACCUCCUCAGUCAACACAAGACUGGAGGUUCUAGAACAGGAAAUCAGGCCUACAGCAUCCUGUGUAUCUUGCAGUUGGGAUUUUUAACAUGAUUUAAAGUCUGUGUUGGUAUAGUACCCCUCAUAAGGAAAAAUUAAGGCCUCCAAGCAGCAGGCCUUUGUGCCUCAGUGUAAAGAGAAAUCAAGAGAUGCUAAAAGCUUUACGAUGGAAGUGGCCUCAUGGAUGAAUCCAGGAUGUGAGUCCAGCAGGAGGACUUGCUGCUUUUGGUUAACUUAUCCCUUUUUCUCUUAAGCAAGCAGGUACUUUUUUAUUAGAAAUAUGUUAGAAUGUGUAAGCAAAUGACAGUGCCUUUAGAGUUCUAACUCUAACUGACAUAUUUUUUAAAAGUAAAAUAAUUCACAAGCUUUGGUAUUUUAAACUACUGUUAAACAUAUCAUAACUAAUCAUACCAGGGUACUAAACCACUGUUUGUAAGUGACAAAAUUAGGCCAAAGGUGAUUUUUUUUUUAAUCAGGAAGCUGGUUAAUGGCUCUACUGAAAGUUGGGGCCCUGAUGUUUUGACUCCUCAAAGUCACCCUAACAUAAUAUCUGAUAGGAAAGCUGUAUAAUGAGGUAGAGAGAAAAAUAUCAGGUAUGGAAGGCUUUCAAUUUUAAUAUAGCUGAAAGCAAAGGAUAAAGAAUUCAGAAUUAGUAAUGUAAAGUAUUGAAACCCUAA